AUGUUGGGCAAUAAAAAAAAGCCUAGAGUCGUGGGUCUCUUAUAUUGGAAUAGGAAUCAGUCACAUCACAAACACGACAAGGAAAAUACCACCUCAGUACGGAAAUCAAAGUAUGGUUUCUCAUAUCAACCGACUCUUUUCCAUGCCCUUGUAGUCAUUUUUCUUGAAUUUUUUAGCUGGGGACUAGUCAUGUCGCCUGUCAUCACGGUUUUGAAUGAGAUGUUCCCUGAACAUGCUUUCCUAAUGAAUGGUUUGAUUCAAGGGGUGAAGGGAAUGUUGUCUUUUCUGAGCGCCCCGCUGAUUGGAGCGUUAUCAGACGUCUGGGGGAGGCAGCCAUUUUUAUUUCUCACCGUCACAUUCACAUGUGCACCCAUUCCACUAAUGAAAUUUAGUCCCUGGUGGUACUUUGCCAUGCUAUCGUUGUCAGGAGCAUUCUCUGUAACGUUCAGCAUCGUGUUUGCCUAUGUGGCCGACAUAACAGCUGAAGAAGAUCGAAGUUCUGCUUAUGGAUUGGUCUCAGCCACAUUUGCAGCGAGCUUGGUCACAAGCCCAGCUAUUGGGGCAUACCUCGGCCGACUUUAUAGCGAUAACUUAGUUAUAGCUCUAGCUACAGCUGUAGCCGUUCUUGACGUCAUUUUUAUUUUAAUCUUUGUUCCUGAAUCUUUGCCGGAAAAGUGUCGGCCAUCUUCUUGGGGGUCCAGUAUUGCCUGGGAGAAGGCCGAUCCGUUUGGGGCCCUGAGACGUAUAGGGCAAGACUUCUUGAUCCUGAUGCUCUGUGUGACAGUAUUCUUCUCAUAUCUACCAGAGGCUGGGGAAUAUUCCAGCUUCUUCGUCUAUCUCCGUCUAGUCAUGAACUUUAACCCAGAAGAUGUGGCUACAUUUAUGGCGGUUGUGGGCAUUUUGUCGGUCAUCGCACAGACGUUCAUACUGACGCUGAUGAUGCAGUACUUGGGAGUUAAGAACUCAAUUAUUGUGGGUCUGCUGUUGGAGAUGGUCCAACUAUUUAUGCUGGGAUUUGGCUCUCAAACUUGGAUAAUCUGGUCGGCUGGCAUGUUGGGUGCUAUGAGUUCCAUUACCUACCCUUCAAUCAGUGCCUUCGUCUCUGCACAUGCAAGCGACGAUCAGCAAGGUGUGGCCCAAGGGGUCAUAACGGGCAUAAGGGGUUUAUGUAAUGGUCUGGGGCCAGCCCUAUUUGGUUUCAUCUUCUACUUGUUCCACGUUGACUUGAACGAAUCUUCUAGAAACAAUCAUUUCAUCACUCCAUUCGCGCCUAUCCAUCGCCCGAGAUUUGCCAACAACACUGCUGCUAACCGCGCCGGCGGGAAACUUGAAAAUUUUGGCGGAAAAUUUGGAAAUUUUGGCGGAAUUCAACAGACUUUGAAUGGUAGUAGGAGGUUUACUGGUCCGCCAUUUGCAUUUGGCGCCAUUCUCGUCAUCCUGGCACUCCUGGUGGCCAUGUUUAUUCCGGAUAAUCCCCAUUCCGUCGUUAAGUCGCCAACGGCUCGUAACAGAUGCAGUACUGGAUCUUUUGAUAAGGAUGCUUAUUCUGCGAAGAGAACUGACCAGCACACCCCACUCAUCAUCGCAUCCUCCGUUGAGAGUGCAUGA